CUCUCUCUCUCCCUAUGUGUGUCUCUUGUUCCCUCUCUCUCAAACUCUACCUCCCUCUGUGCCAGUAGUAUCAUUCUGUAGUGGAAAUGUGGAGUGUGUUUCUGUACCUCUCUCUGUUUCUCCAGCCUAAUUCAGCAGAGGAAGUGAUGCUGCUGGACACCACAGAAUCCACCACUGAACUGGGCUGGACCACCUAUCCAGACACUGGGUGGGAUGAAGUGAGUGUUCUGGACGACAAGGGCAAACUCAUCCGCACUUUUGAGGUCUGCAAUGUCAACCAGAACCCUCGCGCCCAGGACAACUGGCUGGCGACGCCCUUCCUCUACCGGGAGUCUGCCCCAAGGAUUUUCGUGACGCUCCGGUUCUCUGUCCGGGACUGCGCCAGCCUGCGCACGCCGUCCCCGUCCUGUCGCGAGACACUCACAAUCUUCUACAAACAAGCCGACUCCCAAAGAGAGCUGGAGAGGACUUGGGGUUCUGAUCCGUCCAAUGGUGAGACGCGAGAUGGAUGGGUGAAGAUCGACACCAUCGCGGCGGACAAGAGCUUCAGCAAGGUGGAGCCCAGCCAGCCGCACCAGUACAAGCCAGACCGCACUCGCCGCAUCAACAUCAAAACCCGCAGCUUCGCGCCCCUCACGCGCAACGGGUUUGUCUUGGCUGUGGUAGACAGUGGGGCCUGUGUUUCCCUCAUGGGUGUGAUCGUGUUCUACCGCCGCUGCCCGGCAACCAGCCGCUACCUGGCCUAUUACCCAGCCACGCCCUCCGGGGCCGAGCCCACUGCUCUGGUGCCUGUGGAUGGGGCCUGUGUCCCUCACAGCCAGUCCCAGGGCGGGGCAGGUCCUCGGCUGCAUUGCAACGCGGAGGGGGAGUGGAUGGUUCCCGUGGGUGGAUGUAUGUGUGAUGCGGGGUAUGAGCCCAACCAGAACAGCUCAGCCUGUCUGGCCUGUCCUGUGGGAUUCUUCAAGGCCACAGCCGGUUCGGUGCCGUGCACUAUGUGUCCAGCCAACAGCAGAACGAGCACGGAGGCCUCCAUCAUUUGUGAGUGCCGCAGUGGCUUCUACCGGGCGCCCACUGAUAUCAACACUACAGCUUGCACAGCUCCUCCCUCUGCCCCUGUGUCUAUGUCCUGGGAGUACGAGAGCUCGGAGGGCGGUGUGUCGCUCCGAUGGCGCCCCCCGCAGGACAUGGGUGGCAGGAGUGAGGUGUGGUACGGGGUGGUGUGCCGAAUCUGCCCCUCCGCCACACAAUCACCAACCGCCAUGUGCUCCUGGUGUGGUGAGACUGUCACCUACACACCCGUCCAGACUGGACUCCGCCAGACCAAGGUCACCCUCAACAACCUCCUCACCAGAGUCACCUACCUCAUACAGGUGCAAGCUUUCAAUGAUGUGUCAUCUUUAAGCCCUUUCCCGCCCCAGUUCUCCAGCAUCAACUUCACCACCAGCCAGUCAGUCCCCUCCACAGUUCCCAUGCUGCAUCAGUUGAGCCGCGCUGCAGACUCCAUCACUCUGUCCUGGCCCCAGCCGGAUCGACCCAAUGGGGACAUAAUGGAAUAUCAGCUCCGAUAUUACGACAGGAGCUCAGAUGAGGACUCUGCUGUGAGUGUGUUCAGUGAAACUAACACAGUGACGGUGGCCUCCCUGAACCCUGGCUCCAUCUAUGCCUUCCAGAUACGGGCCAGGAAUGAGCGAGGCUAUGGACCAUAUAGCCACACCAUCUACUUCAGUACUCUCGCAAUGGAGGAGCGCUCGAAGCAAAUCCAGAAUCGUCUCCCCCUACUGGUGGGAUCGGUGAUGGGCGGAGCAGCAUUCCUCCUGGUGGUUAUUGCGAUUGUCAUCGUGUUCGUGUUCAAGAGCAAAAGGAGAGAGAGUCCAUACAGCGAUAGACUGCAGAGAUACAUCAGCAACAGGGGGGGAGUGAAAUACUAUGUGGACCCAUCGACUUACGAGGACCCCAGCGAGGCGGUCAAAGAGUUUGCCAGAGAGAUAGACCCGGCUCACCUCAAGAUAGAGGAAGUUAUUGGUGCUGCCCAGUUUGGCGAGGUGUCUCGGGGGAGGUACCGUCCCCUGGGCCGGAGAGAGGUCCUGGUGGCCGUGAAGACCCUCCGCUGGGGCGUGACGGACCGGGAGAGGUCCAUGUUCCUGAGUGAGGCGGGGGUGCUUGGACAGUUUGACCACCCCAAUGUGCUGAAGCUGGAGGGGGUAGUGACGCACUCCCCUCCAGAGAGGAUCAUCACAGAAUUCAUGGAGAACGGCCCGCUGGAUGCUUUCCUCAGGGAGAACGAGGAUCAGUUCAGUGUGCUUCAGCUGGUCGGGAUGUUGAGAGGUGUGGGUGCGGGGAUGCGUUACCUGUCUGAGAGAAACUUUGUGCACCGGGACCUUGCGGCACGCAACGUGCUGGUCAACUCCAACCUGGUGUGCAAGGUGUCUGACUUUGGCCUGUCCCGCCUGAUGAGGGGUCUGGACCACAACAUGCCCACGUACACCGCUUCCCUGGGCAGCAAGAUUCCGGUCAGGUGGACAGCUCUGGAGGCAUUCCAGCAUCGGAAGUUCAGCUCAGCCAGUGAUGUCUGGAGCUUUGGCAUCCUGAUGUGGGAGGUGAUGUCAUAUGGGGAGAGACCAUACUGGGACAUGAGCAACCAGGAGGUGAUGAAGGCAGUGGCGGAUCAAUACCGCCUUCCUGCCCCCCACAGUUGCCCUCCUGCCCUACACGCCCUCAUGCUGCAGUGUUGGCAGGCAGACAGACAGGAACGGCUUGGCUUUGACUCGCUCCUCUCCUCCCUGGACAGACUCAUCCGACACCCGGCCUCUCUCAAGGCAGAACACAGCCGCCCAACCCAGCCCCUUCUGAGUCCGACACCCACAGACCUGUCGUCUGUAGUAACAGUUGGUGACUGGUUAACGGCCCUCAGGAUGGAGAGAUAUAAAGAUGAGUUUGAGAGAGCACAACUUACAAGUCUGGAGAGAGUCAGCAGACUAACCAUGGAAGAUGUACAGAGUCUGGGGGUGAAUCUUCUGGGUCACCAGAGAAAGAUCGUUAAGGCUGCUCAGCAGCUAAGGACUCACCUCACACAGGGCCAGGUGGAGGUGUGAGGCAGAUCUACUUCCUUUUCGGGAGCAUUAUUGCAUUAUGGGAUUUCCAGUCCUUGAAGUACAAAGCUGUUCAGGACCAGGAAGGUGCACAGAAGGAGGGAGAGGACAGUCUGAGAAGAAAAAAAGUGUCAUAGGGAUGUUGUUUAUUUCAACCUUUUGCCCCUCUUUCUCUCCCCUCCCAAAUAGACUCUCUCCUCUUAUCUCUGUCACACACACCCUGCUACUGACGAACACUACCUCUCCCUCUCACUUGUUCGAUAUUACUCAUUCUCAUUGAAUGAAAAAUAAAAGUGAUCAUGGUGUUGUUCUUAUUGCUUUUGAAGACAAUAAUAGCACAGACAAUCAAAGCCCAUUAAUGGUACUAUCGUUGUGGAUAUUGUUUCCAAAGUAUUGCUUCAUCUUGACAAAAAAAAUAGCAAAUGUUGUAGAAAGUUUAUAUUGCAUUUAUAUGGCGUCACGCAGACAGACACAGCAUACUUGUCAAAUGAGCACCCUGUGAAUUACCACCAGCAUGUUGGUAGAUUAAACUGUGAUGAACUGACGACUGAGAACUUUGCAGACAGGUUGCAGGUGUUAAAGUUAGUAUUACUCAAAAUUUCAAAUUUAAGGUGAUGUAUGUAAUGUAUUACCCUCUGCAGUCUACUAGACAAUGUGUCAUUGCAGUUACAGUAAUAAAGACACAAGGUGCUUAGAAUGCACCGGGAUACUUAGAAACACUAACCCCAAUGUGCCUUCGGAAUCAUGGUUAGUGUUAGUCAUGGUUAUAUACAACACCAAUUCCACAGGGCAAACAACACUACAUCUUGUGUCCUGAGCUGGACUGCAGUUGAGAUUACGUAUAAGUAUUGUUGAGGUAUCCCUGACAAUUUCAUUUUCAUUGUCUUGAUGUGCACUGAGUUGAAUCCACAGUCCUUCAGCACUGCAGGUAUACAGAACACAUCCUCUGUGUGUAUCUCACCACUCACAGCCCCUUAUUUAAUAUGUAGCACAAAGUCAGAGUGACUUGAGCAUUGUGGAAGUGAAAAAAGUCUAAAGGACAUUACAUGUGAUUUCAUUGCCAACUUAAGUACGAAACGGGAAGUAUUGCUCUUUGUGUAUAAUAAUGUGUGUUUAUGUGUGCGUGUGAGUGUGUAUGUGCGUGUAUGAACGAGUGGGGUAUAUUUGGUUUGUAUCAAGUGAAAACUCACUUGUUGUGUGCUUAUCUGUCUGAGUGUUCAUCACUAUCCACUAUUGUGAAAAUUUGUAAAAUAAAACAUGAUUUUAUUUAAA